AUGGAAGGAAUGGGGAGGGAAGCGCAAGACAGCAGAGGCGACUCGAUAGGCAGCUGUUACACUCCUCAGUCCUUUAGAGCAGAUGGAUCUGAGGCUCCAGCAGCAGCAGCAGGAGCAAAUCUGCUGCUGUUACUGCAGCCAGAGUCGAGUCAUCCGUCGCAGAACGAGGAUCCGCUUGAGCAUGCCGACAGGCAAAUGCUUCAGCAGCAGCAACGUCAGCAGCAGCAGCAGCAGCAACAGCAGCAGCUGCAACCGACGAAACGUGAGCGUAGCUCGAAGAGUAGACCGAGGUUCAUGGCAGCAGCAGCUGCUGUUGCAUUUGCGCUGCGUUCUUUGCAAAGACGACCCCAGCCUUCCCGGGAUCAGGAGGGGCAGCAGCAGCACCAACACUGGCAGCAGCAGCAACAAAAGCAGCAACAGCAGCCCCUCCACCAGGAGCUGAUUCUGUACGAAGGGACGGCAGGGCUUGCAGUAGAAGAGGGGUCGAAUUCAGAGGCUGAUUGGAUAGCGAAGCAAAAACACGAGCAGCAGCAACAACAACAACAACCAUGCCAGCAGCAUCACCGGCAGCAGCAACAGCAACAGCAACAGCAGCAAUAUGGCUACCCAGGAUCCUUGAGAAAGAAGCCUUCAGAGGCACCAUGGACACGAUUCCUUGGCAGGUGGGGAUAUCGUCCUGGGUCUGCUGCAGCUACUGCUGUUCCUACUGCUCCUCCUCCUACUUCUGCUGCUACUGCUGCUGUCGGCAUUAUGCCCAGCACGCGAGAGGUAUAUGAGGCAGGCACGGGCGACACCUCAGGCAGCCCAAUGGGUGCUUUCGACGCUGUAAUGCCUUUCAGCAGAUUCUCGUCCUCGACGCUGUACCUGCAGCAGCAGCAGGAGCAACCCGAGGAGCAGCCACAGCAUCAUGAACAUGAUGAGCAGCAAGAAGUUGGCGAGCAGCAGCAGCAACAACAUGAGCAACAGCAACAGCAUGGGCAGCAGCAGCAUGGCCAGGAGCAUAGGCAGCAGCACGGGCAGCACGAACAACGAGAACAACAAGAUACGACAUACCAUGUCGAGCAACAGGGCAACCUCUGCAGCAUCGAGUCUUUCUUAUCUGUUGCAUCAUCAGAAGACAUGCCAACCCAGCAGCUGCCGCCGCAGCCGCAGCAGCUCGUGCUGCAGUUCUCUCGCUGCUGCAGCAGUGGCAGCGAAGCAGGAGCUCUGGUUUCUGCUGGAGAGACAUUCGAAGAGGAUCAGGCCGUGAGGGACCCUGCUGUUGCAGCAGCAAAAGCUGAGGAAUUAUCUGUGAUAUAUUGCCUUGAGCCUCCUGUCAGGCAGCAGCAUCAGCAGCAGGAAGAGUUCUCUGUUGAAGAGCCUUCCAUUGCUUGGGAAGCAAUUAACGUUGAGGGUAGCAGCAGCACAAGAGAUCGCAGCACCGGCAGCAGCGGCAGCAGCGGCAACAGUAGCAGCAGCAGCGCGAGUCGUCUUGCACCAACGAAUUUAUUUGAGUCUACCUUAAGGGCCGAAGACUCAGAGGACGAAGACAGCGCGGCAGAAAGUUCGCCGCCUACUCCUGCAGUGGCUGUUGCACAUACACAGCAAGCAGCAGCAGCUUGUGUAGUUGAGGCGGCAGCUGCAGCAGCAGACGCUGCAGCAGUGAUGUUCGAAGCAGUAGAAGGGUUGCCAGCAGCUGCAGCAGCAGGCGAUACAGAACCAACGGAGGAAGCUGUCGCAGCAGGAACAGCCGCAGGAGCAACAAAAGACCAUGCAGCUCCCUUUCAGGAGCCACCGAGGUCCGCAGCAACACCCAGAAAGAGGGGUCCACCCUACAAGAGGGCGGGUGCCGUCGAUUGGCUAAUAGCGCAGCAGCAGCACCUUCAGCAUCAGCUGGAGCAUCAGCGGCAGCACACUUGUCAGGGGGCUGUAUUGUCCCCUACAGAAGGCUGCAGGUGCAGCAGCAGUAGCAUCCCCGGCAAAUUGAGUGAAGCAGAAGUGGCGGCAUUGCUACCACCAACUGCAGCAGCAGCACGGACAGCAGCAUUCAGCAAAACAGGGACAGCUCUGGAGAGCAAAGGCGUUGUAAAGAAGGUGCAACAUAAUCACCUGCGCGUCCCUCGCCAUCUGACGCUUGCUGCUGCACAUCCGUUAUGCCCUAGGCUAAUGCAUACAAAAAUAUCAGCACAGCAGACAGAAGCUCCCCCCCCCACAGCUGCAGCACGAAGCGAGGCAACAGCAGCUUUACCGGCCUUCCCGCUGAGCCGGGGACUGCGGGUCGCAGCAAGAGGGCCAAGGGGGCUCGAACGCCCUUCUCCCGCCGGAGAUGUCUCUCUCAGGAGCUCGAAUUACGAGCGACCUCCGCUAGUACAAGCACAGCAGCAGCUGCAGCAGGACCUGCAGCAGCAACAGCAGCAAGCGACGUCACACAAAGCGCUGAGUUGUACAGAUCGGCCUCACCAGAACGACAGUCAAAGGGCGAGGACUGCGUCUGGGCGGCCGGGCAGUGCAGUGGGCCCAAGCGCAGCAGCAGCAGAGGACGCCUUCGAGGACAUCACAGAUCAAGACGAAGCAGCAAGGGCUCCAGCGGCGGGUGUGUUCAAGGGGUCGCCUCCCCUGUCAGCUAUUGCAGUGUUGCAACAGUUUGGUUUUCAACUGACACCGUGGGAACGUAGUGAAAUUCUCGAGUACCCAAUUGUUUUCUAUUGGGGAUCUUUAAGGAAAAGGCCAGCAGGCACCGAGCGCGCAUCAAUUUAUGGAGGCCCUGCCGCAGCUGCUGCAGCUGCUGAGGGUCGGGCUUUGGCAAUUGCCUUGGGUCGGUCCCCAAAUGGUAUGUCUCAGUCCGCAGCAUCAAGGGCUCUUUUGGGUGGGAGCGGUAGCGCUGCGUUUGGAGGUCUAGCUGCAAAAGGUAGCAGGAGGAGCAGCACUCUAAGCAGGAGCAACGGACAGCUCAUAAAUGCGACGAAUGACAGCGCACGCAGCUACUUCUGCGACGCAGAGGGCGACUAUGUAGUUUUUGCAAAUGACCACAUUUGUUAUCGUUUCCAGCUGCUGCAGCCGCUGGGCACGGGUUCAUUUGGGCGAGUGUUCCGCGCGUUUGAUCACAAGACAGGCGAGGAAGUAGCUUUGAAGAUCUUGAAAAAUAAAAGCAACUUUCACGCCCAAGGGCGAGAAGAAGUUGACGUUCUCCAGCAACUAUCUUCCCUGAAUAGGGAUGGGAAAGCCCAUAUCGUUCGGCUGAGAGAAAGCCACAUGUUUCGUGGGCACUUGGUACUUGCCUUCGAGUUACUCAGCCACAAUCUGUACUCGUUUCUGCAAAGCAACAAAUUCCGAGGGUUUGAACCACUUGCCGUGAGGAGUUUCGCAGUACAGCUGCUGCGCGCACUGCGGCUGCUGAAGAGAGCUCAGAUCGUUCACUGUGACCUGAAACCUGAAAACAUCGCCUUGGUGGCAGGGCGCAAGAGCAUCGUGAAGCUUAUUGAUUUCGGCAGCAGCUGCAGGGAAGGCCGCCAGCAGCACAACGCUUAUAUACAGUCGCGGUAUUACAGGGCUCCCGAGAUCCUGCUAGGCCUCCCAUACGGGCCACCCAUCGACAUGUGGUCAUUGGGCUGUGUCUUAGCGGAACUCCAUACAGGUACACCACUGUUCCCUGGGGUGGACGAGGAGGAUCAAUUGCAGACAAUUGCUUCAUUGCUGGGUUUGCCCCCGACGGAGCUGAUCUUGAGGGCUCCAAGGUCUUCAAUCUUCUUUCAAAGAAACGCACAUGGGAGCUUUUCUUUUCUCAAUGCCCGCUCUAACAAACGAACCGAUGAGACGCCCAGCUCCCGGAGGUCACCGUGCUACGCAAGUCUUGAAGACGCUGUCAAACCCGCAGAAAACGCCUUUGUAGACUUCCUUAAAGGAUGCUUGCGUUGGGAUGCGACCGACCGUUUGACUCCUCGGGAGGCUCUCCAGCACCCGUGGUUGCAGGAAUUGCGGGCGCCGCGAGAGCGCCACCAACAGUAG